CUCCACUCUUUUGCGUCUGACCUUAGACUUAAUGGAGGGAUACUCUAACUGGAAGCCUAACGAACAAGGCAGAUACUCGCUUGCCAAUAACGCUAAUGAUUGGAGAUCAACGCAUGAGUUUGAUCUACGAAAAAGGGUUAUUAUCGCAAUAGUGGAAAAGUUGAAGAUAUGUUUUCCUAAACAUAGCCAAAAUGAUAUCAACAAUACUGCUUGUAAAUUUGAGGGUAAGAUCUAUGGCAUGGCCACAGAUAAGAGUGAUUAUCUUCGGAAAAUCAGUGAAAAGAUAAUGGUUUUCGACAAAAAAUUCAAAAGUGUGCAGUCUGGUUCUUUAGUCAAUGAACCUAAUACUACUCAAGAUCCAGCAGCUCAAGCUCCGAAUCAAGGGCCAUCACUUCCCACCUCGUUGCCAUAUACGCAGACUCCAACAAUCCAACAAUGGUUUCCUCAAGGCAACAUUCAUGAGUCUUCUGGCUUCUCAAAUCAGGUCCCUAUAACCGUCUCCGCGGCUCAUAACCUAAACAUUCAAAUGGGUGAAGGAGUUCAUUCACAUCUCCGCAGCGGUUCUCAAAGACAGAUUCAGGGGAGAAAACAGUUUUGUACUCAGCCUCAACAGCAGCUACAGAGUUAUAACGACAUGUUUCAAGGUCAAGUGAAUCAACAGCUUCUAAAAGAGAACAUCCAUCACUUACAACUUCCUUACAUGCAGCAGCAGCAGCACCAGCAAAGUGUGUUAAAACAACCUAUUCAUCAGCAUUUGCCUCAUCACACAUCAUUGUCUACCAUUCAGCAGUCCUUUCCUCAGACUUCAGUUCACUCUAGUCUGACUUCAUCAGGCCAACAAAACUCUCAAUACUUACCAAGACAUCAGUUUCCGACACAAAGAGUCCAGUCUAGUCAUCAACAACAUAUGUAUGUGCAGUCUCAAGAACAGAAACAACAAGAAUACGACCAACUCAUCAGUCAACUGAUGAAUGGUCAAGACACGCUGCAGAAUCAUCUAACAUCACAGCAAAACAACAUUGUUAGCUUUCAAGAAAUGGGACAACAGAGUAGUAACCCCCAUAAUAUGUACCUGCAACAACACCUUUAUUCUCAUAGUAAUAAUGCUUCUUCAUCCUUGGCGUCACAACAGCAGACAUACAUGCCUGGCGGUCAAUCUGGUAACUUUAAUGUGUAUGAGUCAAGUUUGUUGGGUACUCAAGGCCAAGAUUUGGGACAAUCUCAGCCAAUGAUGCUACAACAAUACCAACAGCCUCAGAAUAUAAUCUUACAGCAACAUUUGGAUGAUACACAAAGGCUUCAUGAAGCAGUCUCUUUGCACCAAACCCAAAACGUAGCAAACCAACAGAAUCAGCCAUAUCAAUUACAGAGAGCCUCUCCAGCAAAUCCAUCUAGCAAUACAGUAAAUGCAAGUGGUGGGGACUGGCAGGAGGAGACCUAUCAAAAGAUAAAGGCCCUCAAGGAGAAGUAUUUGCCUGUUCUGAGUACACUGUUCCAAAAAGUAUCUGACAAAUUGGGGGAGGUUGAUUCUCUUCCUCAACAAAAUAUGCAAAAUGAGCCUAUUGAAAAGCUAAGGGCAGCUAAAUCAAUGUUGGAACUAGUUAUUAUGUUCUUAAAUGUACAUAGGGACAGUAUAUCAGAGAGUCACAGAGAUAGGUUCAGUCUGUACGAGGAACAGGUACUGAGGUUCACCAAGAAUCAACAGACCGUGACUCAGAGGCCAAUGCAGCACCAACAAUCCCCAAGUGGUCAUAAUCAACACUCUAAUAUCAGUCUGGCUCAGUCUUGUAUGUUUCAUCAGAAUCAAUUUCAUCAUCUCAACCAGCUACUGCAGAGUCAGCAGCAGCAGCAACAACCACAAACCAACCAGCAGCAGCCUCAGAUACAGAACUACUCUUCUCCUCAGUUUGUGGACCAUCAGAUUCUUUCUACAACAUUUCACAGCACAGGAACCUCAUCACAGUCUCUUGCUCCCUCUCCAAAUCUUGUGGAUCUUGAAAAGCCUAUCUAUGUUGAGUCCCUUGUUUUACAUGAUUACCAACUCCAAACAGCACCUCAGGAGCAGCCUAUUGAUCGUCUGAUAAAAGCUGUGCACUCAGUUACUACCACUCCGCCUCUAGAUAUCAUAUCACAAACUGGUAGCUACAAACGGUUAAGUAGCCUUGAAUCUGAAGCUGAUUCCACCGCAUCAUCUGGCUCCAAAGCUCAAAAGAUUGAGCCUGGUUGGGCCCUCCUCCUGCAAGAAAUCAAAGAUAUAAAUGGGAGUCUUGUAGAGACAGUGGUAAACAUAUGUAAUGAAGAGGUUUAUCCAAGUGAAGUUACUCCAGGAACAAUUGUCACGUGUUCUUAUUCUCCUGUGGCUCUCAGUGACACAUUCGAAGCUCAUUACAAGUCAGGACAUAUCUCACAGAUUCAGCCAUUACGCUUACUAGUUCCCGUGAAUUACCCAUCUUCCCCAAUACUUCUUCUAGAGAAACUCUCAUAUGACUCUAGUUUACACAAAUAUGAUGAUUUAUCUGCGAGGACUAGAUCGAGGUUCGGUUUGUCCAUGAAGGAGUUUUCAGAACCCAUGUCUCUUAAAGAAAUAGCUCAAGCUUGGGAUGUUUGUGCAAGAGAGACGAUGGCUGAGUACGCUGAGCGGCAUGGCGGAUGCACUUUCAGCUCCAACUAUGGUCACUGGGAUCCUGUUCUAGGAGCUUCAUGAGCCCUACAGGUGAAAACUUAUCAGGUGGAGACGUAAGAGCACAAGUUAGGUUUUCUUCUUUGCCUUGCGGUAAAAGAAACAUCAAUAUUUAUGUUUAUACAAGUGCAGAGUGUUUUCAUGUGAGUCUGGCUCAUACCAACAUAUUUUCAAAUUUGAUUUAGAUUUUACA